AUGAAAUGCAACAUGAUAACAAAAGGUGAACUAAACUUCUUGAGAGAAGAGAUGGAAAAAGUCAAAAAACCCCAAAUCUCGCCGACUAUCCGAAGACACUCAUCCAACGUGAAAACGUAUGACGCUAUUCAAUUCCGGGAUAAAUUGAGAAGAGGUGUAUCGUUAGAAAAUAUCGGUCCACAUCGUGUCUGUUUCUAUCCACAACCAACACCAUCCCACCGCAAUCCACCAAACGCAAAUCGUCCGGUUAUAUUCUCAAAGAAUCCCAUUGGCUCAGCAUCGAAAAACAUCAGCCGAAAAGUUUCCAGUUACUCAAAAAUGUCAAGUUUGGCGAGAGUUGCAUGGGUAAGUGGUUCUGGGUUUCGAAAAUGA